AUGGGCAGGUCGUUUGUGAAGAUGCAAAACAGUGUAAGUUCUGGCAUCGGGAAGGGGACAGCUGUGGAAUUUGCUCAGCUAGGAGCGCACCUGGCUCUGACUGGGAGAAACCAGGAAAACCUGCAGACCACAGCAAAGGCCUGUGUGGAGGCAGGGACUCCGCAGGACAAGAUUCUGCUGGUGACAGGAGACAUCUGUGAUGAACAAGUGCAGAAAAACCUGGUGGAACAAACUAUCCAGAAGUUUGGCAGGAUAGAUGUGCUGGUCAACAAUGCAGGAAUAAGCCAGCGCGCGGCUACCAUAGAGACAACAGACAUGGCGGAGUAUGACAGAGUGAUGAACGUUAACGUGCGCAGUGUGGUAGCCUUGACUCAGUUGUGUGUGCCACAUCUCACAGAAACUAAAGGGGCCAUUGUGAAUGUGUCCAGCGUUAAUGGGAUACGAUCG